AUGCAUAUCCCCACUGGCACGCGCACACCCGCCCAUGCAGACACAUGGCCAGCAUGGACAUCCAAGAAGAAAGGCGGGUACGACGAGAACUGGAGCAGUCUGAUCGGCAUCAUCACCGCGAUAGUCGGCAAUGUGCUGAUUUCCUUUGCGCUGAACAUGCAGCGGUACGCGCACAUACGGCUCGACAGAGAAUGGCAAGCGAAGGAGCGGCAGCGCAAGAAAAGAAGCAUCAACGGGUCCAGAUUGCUCGAGGACGAUGCGACAAAGGCGAGCACCGCCGCGUCGGAACUCGAUCCGCUGAUCGCGCAGCGCCCGGAGUUACGGAGUGAGGACAGUAGCAGCAGUUCCGAGGGCGGCGAGGAAGAGGCGUAUAAGCAGAAGUCUUACCUCAAGAGUCCGUAUUGGUGGGCGGGCAUCAUUCUCAUGACGGUUGGCGAGGCGGGGAACUUUCUUGCAUAUGGAUUCGCGCCGGCGUCAAUUGUGUCGCCGUUGGGUGUUGUUGCGCUUAUUUCGAAUUGCAUCAUCGCGCCGUUUAUGCUCAAGGAGCCGUUCCGGAUGAGAGAUGCGCUGGGCGUGGUUAUUGCAGUUGGAGGCGCGGUCACGGUCGUUCUCAGCGCGAGCGAUAACAAUCCGAAAUUGGGGCCGGGAGAGAUUUGGAAACUCAUCAGUACUUGGGAGUUUGAGACGUAUCUUGGUAUUACGGUUGGAUUGAUGGCUGUGCUCAUGGUGGCGAGCAAUCGUUACGGGGACAAGAACAUCUUGAUUGAUUUGGGACUUGUUGGGCUGUUUGGUAUGUGGAAUUACGCCUGCCACGGAUUUGCUGGUCAGAAUGCUAACAUGAAUAUAGGCGGAUACACAGCACUUUCGACAAAAGGUGUUGCGUCUUUACUGUCCUAUACCCUUUGGCGCGUCAUCACCUUCCCAGUCUUCUACCUGCUUCUAGCCAUCUUGAUCGGUACUGCUGUUAUGCAGAUCAAGUAUGUCAACAGAGCUCUACAGCAUUUCGACGCUACACAAGUAAUCCCAGUCCAAUUCGUACUCUUCACGCUUUCAGUCAUUCUCGGAUCUGCCGUCUUGUACCGCGACUUCGAACGCACGUCCGGCGACGACGCGGGCAAAUUCGUCGGCGGCUGCGCGAUGACUUUCCUCGGAGUAUGGUUCAUCACUACCGGCCGCCCACGCCGAAACGACGACGACGACGAGGACCGCGAGCCCGAAUCCGAAGACGCAAUCAAUCUCGUCGCAGAGCCCUAUCGCGACGGCAUCGACACAACCGGAGAAACCACCCGCCGCUCAUCCACCGUCCUCGACCCUUCCCGCCCCGUAUCUAGUUACGACUCCCGCCCCUCCACCCCUCAAAUAACCACCAAAUCCAUCUCCUCAGACGCCCUCAGCGCCCUCUACCCCAUCCCCGACAAUCCCACCAACCCCUGGGCCCAAUCCACCCCUCUCGACCUUUCCCGCGCCCCGCCCUUUGACCGCCACACAUCUACCCCCAUCCUCCCCUCCGAAGCCGCCCCGCCCCCAGCCUCCAUCUCAGACCCAGAACUCGUGCCCCCACGCACACCCACACGCGGCAAGAGCUCCACCGAAGUCCCCACCACACCGACUACCACGCCGCAACUCCGCCGGCUGCGCACCAACGAGCGCCUCGCUCGCAAUUCCAUGGCCGGCGGGCCCCUGCUCGCGAGCCCCUUGAGCACGACGCUCAGCGCCAUGGUGCAGGACCUCAAGCGCUCGGGCAGCGUGCGGCGCGAAUCCGUGCUUGGAAUCGGCGCGAGCGACGAGUUGGGCGGGCCGCUGGAUAGGCGGCGCACGGGGCCGGAUGAUGAAGACGUGCCGAUUCCGAUUCGGAGGGGGAGGAGUUUGAGCGGGACGCUGGGGGAAUUGUGGACGAGGGGAGCGAGUUAUGUGCAGGGGAAGAGUAGUCGGGAGGGAUUGAGGGAUGAGGAGAGGGGUGAUGGCGAGUAGUACAUAUUGAUUUUGGGAUAGAUUUGAGAUUUAUAGGCGUUUGGGAGAGGUGGGAUUUACUUACAUACCCACGAGCGGCGUUGUUGGGUCGCGGCUUGCUUGCUUGCAUAGCGUGCACUACACAUUGGAAUCAAGACUAUGAUUUAUACACGA